UUCCGCGUUGUGCUGCCAUUUUCGAUAGCAGUCGUGCUUCAAGGCAACCGUACGGUUAAGGAGGCAGAGUACAAACUGAAAAGCCAAGAGGAAGUGACGAUGAGGAGUGUGUUUACUCGGAUUUUUAUAAUCAUUAUCAUCGCUUUUCUGAUCGCCUCACGCGGAUCUUCCGAUGUACGGCCGUAUGAAAAUGGGGACGACUCUGAGGGUAGCUCUUACUUUUUGCCACUGCCUACUUUACCAUCACAAGAUAAUAUGGAGGACGCACUGACUGGUAUCGCAGCUCCAUCUCUACCGAGCGGUCCACAGAGCCAAAUAUGGCGCGAUUUUGAUCGAAACGGCCACAACUGGACGAAAAACUACCCUUUGUUUCGUCAGCAUCAGCACAUGGCUUCUUACAAGAGAACACUCCAGGACGAGUCGCGGAGGCUUCUACUAGUCGGCGGUCUCUCGUAUGGAGUCAUUCUCAACGACACGUGGAUCUAUUCACACUGGAGUAACUCCUGGCUACAAAUCUCGUCUACCGAUCAACCAUUGACACCCACGUAUGCGCGUGGACAUCAAGUUAUGCCGACGGUGUGCGAAACGUUUGUACUUUUAAUUAAUCGGGUAGGAGAUAUGUGGUAUUUCAACGGUUGGACAGAGACGUGGACUAAAAUUAUUGUGAAGGGUUUUAUCAAUUUUUAUUACUUCUACUUUCCUCUCGACGGCGUCGUGUCAUUGCGGCAUCCCGUCGAUGAUGAGUCGUGCAAAAGCAGCUGCUGCGAGUCGGUAUUCGUUUACGGUAUUGACGCACACACUCCGAACGAUCUCAUGAUGUACGAAAUGACAUGCGAAGUGCUCCGAGAGUAUCAUCUGCAUUGUCAAUGGGCUGACGACAUUCAAAGAUAUAGAUUGUUUAACCAAACGGAAAAGAACGCAACGACUUGUGCUGAGUCAACAGAAGUUCGAGGACUGAUGGCUGUGGCAGAUGUAGAUCGAGGAAUGAUAUACUUUUCUACAAGAUCUUUGGAUCGCGAAUUUGCUAACGACCGUAUAAAAAUUGCAACCGUGUUUAUAUAUGAUCGGCAACGUCGAACUCUCAACCAUCUGGUAACGACUUCUCUUUCAAAGCAUGCACGUAUGUCUUUUUUUAACAUCUUUAUUUGGAAUAGUUCCUAUUUGGUGCUGUCUGGUGUCACACGUUUACUUGCUGUUUCGUUGAAAAACAGCAGUAGUUAUCAUUCUUAUACGUCUCCUCUUUUUCACAAGAACUUUACUACUACAUUUUAUAGAAGUGACGUCAUGUUAUCAAUGGGGCCACUAGCUGCUGUCAGAUUUCACUGGUUUGUGCAGCCGCCGGCUGCUCCUACGGAUCCUCGCGUUUCGUUUUACUCUGCAGAAGUUCUCAAGAAAAAUUUUCCACAUUUUAGAAGAAAGAUUAAAAGAUUUCCACCUUUAACAGAUCCGGGCUUCUUACUUUACCACACCUCUGUAUAUGACUUUGGUUCGAAGACAUUCUACUGGUACGGCGGGCGAUGGUGCGGAGACAGAACGCGGGGGGUGAAGUCAUUUACUGGAAGUGUAUGGAAAAUGACGGUUGCAUCGAAGACCUGGUGGCAAAUAAAGCCGUUCACAACGCCUAACACUCACUUAUCCAACUGUGGGACGUACAGCCGGUCUCAUAUGGUUCUGUUUGGUGGACAGCACGAGAACGAUACGGUAGUGAACGAGCUGUGGUUGUUCAAUACAAAUCAUCGAAUCUGGAUUCAAGUACAAUUCGAUAACCACUCUCAUUCGUUGCCUGCACCUCGUGCUGGGUGUAGUCUGACUUCUGUCGAUUCUUCUACAAGUUCUCGUAUUAUACUCUUUGGAGGAUAUUCGAAUGACAAAAAAGCAAAGUCAGACUUAUGGAUACUUGAACAGUCGGAGGACGGGGUUCACUUUAAUUGUAGUAUUGCGUCAUCAGGAAACGGUGAUGGAAAGAGCAAUCCCGCUCCCAGAUUCGGUCAUAGCGCCGUUGCGGUUGGGAAUGAAUUGAUUAUUUAUGGAGGAAAACAUUUGAUGGAAAACGAUACAGAAAAUUGUUAUUUUGACAUGUGGGCUUUUCGUAUUUCUAAUCGGAAGUGGAAGAAAGUAAACCCCUCCCCUAGACCCCGUUCGCUUAGUGCAAGAAGUUUUGGAGCAAGGAACAUGUGUUGGAGUGUUCUUGUUUCUUACGGCGUGUCUCGGAUUGCAGUUUGGAGUAACAGUCUUUAUCCGGAAAGGUUUUGGAUGAUUGAAGUGUUGUCAGGAAAUCAAUCCGAUGUUGUUCCACUCGACAGGCCAUUUAUUGUGCAGGCAGGCGGCAUAUCGGACGGUGCCGUUGUGUAUUUGGGCACUAUGAUAGGAUCACGCCACCAAAGCUUGUUGACGAUUGGAAAGCAAUGCAAGGUGGGAUCCGCGCAGGUCGACAGUCCCUUAACACCGUGUGUGGUCUGCUCGAUUGGACGGUAUUCUGUAAUCAAUGGGGGCGUCAUUGAAUGCUUAAACUGUCCCAGAGGAACGACGACGAAGAAAAAAGGCAGUACAUCUGUCAAAGAUUGCAUUUGUAUGCCAAAUUACUGUGGGAGCGGCAGCUGCAACGUCUCGGAGACGGAAGGCGCUUUUUGCAGUUGCUCUGUUUUUUUUAUGGGCGACCAAUGCAAUAACGUCAACUCUCUUCUGGUUCUUGGUAUAUUGGCUGGAAUAUCACUCUUCGUUGUGGUCACAACGGCUCUUAUCUGUUGCGGUGUGAGAACGAUACGUCAUCGCAGGGCUAGACGGGAAACAGAGAAGGAGUUGGAAGAAACACGCAAGGCAUUCACCAUUCUACGGAGAGAAAUAGCACUACAAGGCCGACUAGACGAGGACUGUCCCGGUGGAUACGGUCAAGUGCACAAAGCCACAUAUAGAGACUGGACAGUGGCAGUCAAACAGUUACAGUUUGUGAUGGCAGAAUGGGCUGAUAUAAGAAGAGAUUUCUUGAGAGAAAUUCAAUUUAUGAGAACGGUGCGUCAUCCUAAUAUUGUCAUGUUCAUCGGUGCCGGUCAACAUGAAGAAGAACAACCAUUUCUCGUUUUGGAAUUUAUGAGUGGCGGAGCUCUUCGCUCGUUCUUGCACAACGACAACGUCCAACUGACCCUCAGCGACCAGCUCGAAUUUAUUUUGGAUACGGCGGAGGGAAUGAGGUAUCUGCAUACGCUCGAUCCGCCUCGCAUUCACCGUGAUCUGAAGAGCGCUAAUCUCUUGCUGAGCGCGAAACGACGCGUCAAGGUGUCCGACUUUGGCUCCGCUCGUUUGAUACCGCAUGCCAACACCGUCCCGUCGGAAGAAAGAUUCUGGCGAACGAGCGGCUUGGGAACAGUCGAACUGACGCGCCUCCUCGACAGCAGAAGUCAUCUUACACGAAGAUUUAUUGGAACGUGUCGCUGGCGUUCUCCCGAGUUGUGGAAGCAAGAAACAUACGGAACGGCAACGGACAUUUACAGUUUUGCAAUCGUUGUGUGGGAGAUUGUGACACGAAAGACGCCUUUCUCCGGAAAUGAUUACGCAUUCGACGCAGACGUCGAAGACGCUGUGUUGUCCGGCACAAGACCGCCGAUACCGCCCGGAACGACGGAAGGUUUGGGUCGUCUGAUGAAGCGGUGCUGGCAACAAGAACCGGAGGAGAGACCGACGUUUGUGGACAUCGUACCCGAAGUGCAGGCCAUGUUCCGAUCAGGGCAACAGUUAAAUGGCGACGCUAUCGUUCCUCUGCGGCGGUCUGCCGUUACAGCGAGCGGUCAGAGUUACGAGAUGAACGACCUAAAUGCGACUCGAUUCGUCCCACCUGUCAAGGAAGAGAAUGACACGUACAUUUGAAAGUCGAUACACGUAACGGUAGGUAUAUAUUUUAACUAAUUUAUUGGCACUAUUAGUGGUAUUUGUUAAUGUUAUGGACGACGGUGUCAAUGGCAAAGGGGUAGUAGGUAGUUAUAUAGAGUAUGAUAUGACUUUUAGGUAUGAAUUAUGGGUAAGAAUGAUGUAUUUGUAGGGUUGUCCUUACGUUCGUAGUAUAAUGAUAACAGUCAGCUGUUUGUUAUAUGAUAGAUUCUAUGAUAAUAGAAAUUUCUAGAGAGAGCAUCAAGAAUGUGUUGCUGGUUUAAUAAUGCUGUGGUCUUACAAUUGCCACACAACUGAACAAACAAUGCAAGUAGCAGCAAUACAUAGUAGUAAUAGUAGUAGUAGUAGUAAUUGUACACUCAAGACAACAUUCUCUCAGCAACAGUUGAGAGCUGAUUAUUCCAUUAAAAGACUAAAACUGUUUCAGUGGAUAAAUCUGAGUCUUAAUGAGAGUGUUUUAUUUAGAAAGUAAGAACUUGAUUGUUGCCUUAUUAGCUACUUACUUAUUAUUUGUAUACUUAGUCUAUUUUUGCCUUUAUCGAAUUCACCAUGUCUUUCAGUAGUCUCGCGUAGCCAGACCCCUUUCCGCUGCGUCGUACUUCUGGGCCAAAUGGUUUGCAUUUUGUGUCUAGACAAACAGACGCAAGCUUGCAUGUAAAUUGUAUUACACAAUUGCGAUGUGCGAAUGUGUCCGUAAGGCUUUGUAAAAUCAGUAGGUUGAAAUUGAUGUAACAGUCUGGAGAUCCGUUACCGGAAGGUUCGGAUCCCGGAUGUCAAGGGCAUGACGCAGGAAAUGUCAACAUUCUAUCAAGAAAUUAGAGCAUUGAAAUACUUCCGUACAUAACUUACUACCAAAACUAGUACACUGUACGUCCGCCCAGAUUUCAAAAAGCUCUU